AGCGCGAAAAGUGUCUGGAAGCCAGUGGAAGCCCUUAUUCUCUAGUUGUUCAUUUCAUCCAACACAGCCGUGAACCGACCAGGCAUCUAUUGCUCUGAUUUCAUUUUAAUGUUUUAUGGUUUUAUGCUUGAUGCUUGAGCUUGAUGCUUAAUGCACAAAGCACAAUGUUGACUUCUGUACAACGUACCCUAAAUGAAGUUUACCCAAUUAGCUACCCCUUUGGUAAUACCCGAAGUAAAAAUGUGUUGCAAGACUUCUGUUGCGAAGAAGGUCCUUGCACUUCAUCCUUGAAGGUUCUUUUUCUGGGCAGUUUUGACCUUAGUAACACUCUUCAGGUAGCAAGAAAUGAUAGGUUCGAUGGCAUGCAAAUCCAUCUUACCAACCUAAAUCCAUCAGUGGUAGCUCGGAACAUCACUAUUUUGGAAAUAAUAUCAGCCCCUGAUUUCAAUCCUGAAGACGGUGAAGACUUUGCUUUCCUUUGGGAUGUUUGGUAUAAUCUUGAAUGGCCAAAAGUCACCCGUAAGAGAUUUCAAGGAGUUUUGAAGGACCUGUUGAAUGAUUCGUUCCCUGAAAAUGUCUCAGUCCCCAAAACUAAACAUUCUGAAAUGUUGAAGAAGGUGUGGAGUUCUUGGCUUUCUGUUUUGUCACAAACUGAAUCUGAAGAUAGUUUUUUAGUGAAAAAAGUAGGCUUGGAAAGGAAACUGAAUGUCUGUAAACACUGGGGCCACAUCACUGAAGGGAAAAUGGAAAACGCGAAAAAUGUUGGUUUUUCGACGAUCAUUGAUGUAUUAGCUUCUAGCCUGGAAAAAAGUAUUGGGCUUGAAGGGUUAAAAGAUUCAGCGAGGCAGAAUAUCCGUGAAGAAGCUAAGCGCUAUUUUGAAAAAGGUAGCUGUCGACUUGAAAACGAUAUCAAGCUCGUGUGUCUUAAUCCAACAUUGCUUGACCAAGAAACGCUCAGCUAUAAUCUUCAAAGUUCCCUGUGCCCCUUUGAUGGAUACUUGCCGCUACUUGAAGAAGAACUGGACACUUCAAUCAAGAGCAAGAUGAUGAUACGUUCCUGCCAGAAAAUUCUCAAAAAGCUUCUUUCUUUUUAUCGAAAACGCCUCAUCAACGGGAAAACCUUCGAAUUGUUCUUCUAUUUGGAGGAUGCCAUAGAGUUCUGCUAUUCUGAAAACGUCAACAAGUUCGACGUAAUUGACUGCUCUAACAUUGCAGAUCAUGUCGGAUUAGCGAAUUUGAUCCUCGCAUGCAGCGGGAAGUUGUCCGAUAAUCCAUCAGCAAUGUUGUUCACCGAAACUUUUCAUUGGUUCGACUUUGGAAUGGGAUCAGUGAAGUUAUACGUCGAGAACGCCCUUUGUUGCCCGUUGAGCAUGAUCCCAACUACAUAUGGAUUGCGUCUCAAAAGCCGCAUCGAACUAGGAUUGCCUGAGUUGCUGCGACGUUUGAUGGCGCCCAUUAACAUUUGCUGGCAACGAGCACCUCCCUUUCGUAACGUUGUCAUGUCACCCUCUUCUGCACUUAGCGGGUUCCUGGAUCAGUUAGCGAACGUUUGCUUUGAUGCAAAGUUUCCUUUACAGAUCACAGGUAUCCCUCCCGGAGCCGGAUGUGGCAUGUUGCUGUAUACCCCGCAAACGUUCAGCUACGUAGUGAACUCGAUGAUUCAACGGCUUGGAAGAGACCACUGGUUGAAGAAAGAUGUCCGGUCGGCCGAGAUGCAUCCUCAUUUUCAAUUAGCUAGACAAACACUUGAUUCCUGGAAAGAUGGCCAGAAGAUUCUUAAAAUCUCCGCAACUAUUCCUACUGCGUCUUCAAACAAACUGUCUUCUCUAAUAGGGAUUCCAAGCAUUCGAUUGAUACUCCUGCCAAAAGCGAAGAAAGGGAACUGCUAUGAAUUUUUUGGACCAGAUGUCCAUUUCAUCGACAACUUUCAAUUGGAACUGGAGAAGACCUCAACCGGAUUCCAAAACGUUUCAAUUUCCUUUCUCCUGAUUCCUAAUCACGGGCUCGAAGAAACUCAUCGUGCCAUCAUCGUUGAUAUAACGAAUGGAUCAGAAUUUCUCGUCUUUGAGUCGUUUGAAUCAGUGCAGGUCGAGGACUGGAGUUUUCCUUAUCCGUUUAUUCCUUCGAGAAACCAACGAGAGGAUCCCUCUCCUGAAGAAUUUCACAUGGAGGUUGACAGUUGCGUCGAGUCCGAAGAUCAGUUCCAUCUGAAAAUAAAUGUUAUUUCAUCCAAAAGUGUCUCAGGCUUAAAAGUAGAAACGAAUGUUCGGGCGCCUUGUGAAUCCUGCCACGAGAUUACUUUGUCACUGAACCAGCCUGACAAUUUCAAGCCGUUAGUGCUUUCACUUCCUUAUCCAAUCCUUGUCGAUGGCAUCCGCGCUACCCUUAAUCUCAAAAGCCGCCAUGUUGAUUUAGUGCUAAAGAAAGCAUUGUGGGAACCAUGGCCGUGUGAGUACCGACCUGCUGACAAUUUGCACAACGUCUUAGAUCCAGAUCAACUAAAACCUUGGAAAGAAGAAUCCCUCCAACAUUCUUUGAAGAAUCACAUUAGAAACCAGUUCAACAUUAAUGUUGUGAAUAAUGUUUCCCUAAUGAAACAAUCCCCUUUGAAUGUUGUUCGAUUUGUUAUGAAUGUUCUGUUUUCGGAUAUCUCUCGUAAAAAGCCCUCUCGUUGUUUCACCAUCAAACGGACGAAUGCACCAACACCCGACUGGAUCUUUCUAGUCCAUCGUCCUGUUUCAACAACUCCGACGGGCAGACCAUUCCUUUUGCUUUCGGCGUUUGAUUUCCAAUUGGCUUUAAAACUCAUUGCUGGCGGCAAAUUGAGCGAGGAAAAGAAUGAAGAGAAUUUCCAGCGAAUUUUCCCUGGCGGCAUGAAAGGAACGAGCAUUCCGAUUCAAACGGCUGAAGAUUCGCAGCUUUUGAGAUUCGUCUUGCGGCUCAACAGAACCAAGAUCACACCCAGCAAAUGGCAGAAAAAAAACCUCAUGCUAGGAGAAGAAAGUCCAUGGUUGGCUACAUUCGCCUCACCACUUUAUACCGAUAACCCACAUUUGAAUGUUGAAUCUUUAAAUAGGUCGACUCUAGGUAGAUCCGUGAAUGACAGCAACUGCUGCGCCGCUUGCAAUAAAGUUUCACCAAGUCUAAAACGCUGCAGCCGUUGCCGAAGCACUGUUUAUUGUAGCGUGGAAUGCCAACAUCAACACUGGUCGCAGCAUAAAAUUGUUUGCAAGAAAGUUUGAUUGGAUUUCAUGAAUCGACUGUUCAUCUUAAUGUUAGUCUUUCUCGAAUUGCCUGUUGAAUUCGUUUUCCCUUCUCAAAACCAAAAGCGGUUUUUUUUCAUGCUGUCUUAUGUUUUUAAGCUAAUUUAAACAAGAUAAUUUUUUGUGUGUUUUCUAAUACAGAAAAGAAAAAAAAUUGUUACGUUGUUUCUUGAGAAAGAAUCGUUGUAAAUUCGGUCGGUAAUUUCGUAUGCGGCUGUUUUUUAUAUUGGCAACACCGCUUCACAAUUCUCAUAAAAGUUCGUCUGCACGUUAAUGGUUUCUGUAAUUCCGUUCCUCGUCGAAGUCCUAACAUAAAAAUUUUCGAAGGAUUUUCAAUUCAGCAUCAUGAUAUUUUAAAAAAGUCAGCCAUGUCACUGUCAGCAUGUCAGCUAUGGAAUUGUUUUAUGUAGAAUGCGUUGUAAAAUUUUCUUUUCGUUUUUUCUAGUAGUUUCUCUACUGCAUGAGCAAUCGUAAUUCAUUUGUUAGACACUUAAACAAGUCACGUUUUAAGGAAAUGUUUGAAACCACUUUGGAUUCCCAGACUGUAUCGUGAACCACAUCGUAUGACUACAACAGUUGAAGCAUGAAUUCUUCUUGUGUGCAUCGGAUUUUCAAUCUCUGUUCUGUAAGUGGUGGGUGUUGCAAGAAAUUUAUUUUCUCAGGAUCUGUGUCUGGCCAUCAUCUGGCUGCUUCAACAACUCAGUGCAAAAGUUUAACUGUGAACAUGAGUCUUGAGAUUAUUGGGUUCACAAGUGUGAGUGGCAAGUAACACUCUGACUUCUCCCCAGAAAAUGUAUCAACUGCCAGCAAACUUGCAGAUGAUGGAUUUGAAAAGAUUAUAGCUUUGAAAGCUUUUCAGUUUCCUCCAGAUCUCAAUUUUGGUAAUCAAGUUUAAGAUCUCCUUCAUCGGGGUGAUGUGACGAACCAUUUAAAUUCGGCUAGUCAACAUUCCGUUUUUAUGCUUAUCCGUUUGGAGUAGGAAAUCUCUUAUUACUCAAAUAUAUUUACUGAAUAAUUAUUCAGUAAAGACAGUUUAUCCCGUUUCCCCCGACUCGUGUGCUUGAACCUCUAAGACGCGACUUACUUGAAAGACAAUAUUGCGCAAACGAUGUAGGAAAAGAAGAGGGCGAGAAAAAUAACGCGAUUGCUGUAUUGAGUAGCGCAUCAAAACGGAGUUUAGUUCGUCUUCUGUUCACUGUCUUACUAAUUCGUUCCAUACACUGGAUGGUACCGUCCAUCAGAUUGGAUCUGCAGAACGCACAGUCGCGGAAGUAAGGCGGUUGUGCUGCCACAUCUUUCUACAGUAAAUGCAAUGGCAGGUUGAUCAUCUAUGUCAUCCUCCAAUUAGAAUUGAAGGUGAAUCUGGACUUUCGGCCAGUGUAGCAAAGACCGGACGCCAGGUUUUGUUCCAACUCCACAACUUGCCAAACAUCUGGCAGCCUGUCUUCAAUCCUAAAAGUUACGCACCCUUUCCAAGCCGUUAGAAAGUGAUAUUUUCUAUGUUUUGAGCGUUCCCCCGUCGUAUUAGCCAAUUUUGAUUCCGAUUUUUUUACCGACUGUUAUCUGAUGUGAAUUUAUCGGAUGAAGAACCGGAAAAGAAGUCGGAAUUGGUGACUCUAGUAAUGCUACAAGUUUUCCUUAUUAAAGUGACGUUAACGUGACUUUAUCUGUGGUCACAAAAUGACUAGCAGCAACCGCUUUGGCUCUCUUUAGUCUUUAGUUCUUUACAAAGAUGCGGACGUUUUUUUUUUUUUUUAAAUUGCGUAAUAGGAAAUGGCAAUGUUGUUCGUUCCUUUAAAUAUGGCUGCUAGUAUUCGUUUAUUCGACACGAGAAUCGACAGCAACUGACAGCACUACGUAGAAGCCGUCCCGUCCUGUUUGUAGAAGAUAUACUCCAUUUAAAUUUUUGAUUCAAACAGCAGUGUAACAGCCGAGCUUUCUUAUGUAGUUGUCAGUUUUAUGUGAAAUGUUUGGCUGGACGCCAAAUUAGAACCGUUCGUGAAUGUUGAGAAAUGUAUCGCUUCUAGGUGUAUUUGUGUCUUACAGGUGGCGGAGUGUCUGUUCGUGAGUGAAUGAAGCAAGUUCGCCAUUUGCUUUUGAGACGGUGGACCACAGGUGGACGGAAAUGUCAAAUGUGAUGCUGUGUUUUUUGUUUUGUUUUUACAUGUUAAAAUGCUGAAGUAAUUUCACACAAUUCGACCAAGCUGAAUCGAAAGUGAACAACUCUUAAAGCAACAUGUCGAAGAUCUUCUUUCUUCUGCCAUUUUCUACGUGAUAGCUGCCAUGUCAUAAAGAUGCGUCUUUGAGACAGUCUCACUAUAUUGCAAGACAAAAGUGUGAUGAAAAUAGGAAUACUGAAAUGAUUUCCAUGGUCAGUUUGAUGUUUGAGCUGCCUAUGGUGUUGCUGUUUGGUGUACAGUGGUUUUGCAGUCAUUUUCCAGUUGAGAGAUAUUCUGAAAUGGAGCUUGUGGAGACUUGCAGUUCAACAUCAUACUAUAAUGUGUUAUUUGCCUAUGUUGGUGUCCAUGCAGUAUAUGCAGUGAUGAACAGUUGGGCUAGUCAAUGUUGCCUGUGGCCGUCUGGCUUAUUUUAUCGGCUGCAUUUUGUCGAUAUGUCUUCUCUUGCUACCUGUACCGUCGUUGAGUUGAUUCGUUUGCCGCCGUUCCUUAGACUUGAUCCACCGGUGAAACUAAGAAGACGUUGCUGAAAUUCAAGAUUGAUCAAAAAACUAUGUAGA